UCUGUUAAAUUAGCAGUUACUCACAUUCGUUACAAAAGGAGAAAAUUUACUAUUUAUUCAUCUACUAAUGUUGUAAAUAAAGAGGAAAAUUAACUGUAAUAGCUAAUUAUAUGUAUGUUACAGAAAGAUUUGUUUGCGAAUAGUUUGUUCAUCUUUUUAUACAACGAAUUAUGUGCUCGAUACUAUAGCUUAGUACGCUAACUUUAUUUUUGUUGAAUUAUUGUAUUGCCCCCAUUGAAAACGGUUUAAAAAAUUACAAUCGAUAAUUGCAAUAUUCAUUCAGUGGUUACUGAGUACACCAAUAAACGCGUGAAAGUUAAAUUAGCGCCUAGAAUGAAGUAUCCUAAUCCACUGUGUAUUAAGAAAUGUUUGAUUUGUACCAUGAAUUUGAUACGAUUUAGUAUUAAUUAAAUAAACACUGGUGUCAACGAAUUUUUCAUCGUGAUGAAUUUUGUUUUAAACAUGUGAUAUAUUUUCUUGACGUUCUUUCAACUAUUAUAUGUAAAUAAUGGUGUUCUGGAUUGUUUCCCUAGUAGCAAUUAUUUUGCAUUUCAGUUCUGCACAAACCAAACCUGAAUCACAAGGUUAUUGUGCACAAUAUAAUGGACAGAUUUGCAAGAAAUAUUUAACUGGAAUUGGAAAAGUAUGGUUUAAUGAUUCUAAUGAUAACCCUGGUGGUUGGCUGAACGAACGUAUUACAACCAAUUUGUGGGAGGAACUGAUACAGAGGCUUGUUGAGCCAUGUCGUUCAGCUGCAGAGAAAAUGCUAUGUAUGUAUGCUUUUCCACAAUGUCCUAACUCAGUUGGCCUACCAUUAUGUUAUGAAGAUUGUAUGGCUGUACGUCAUCAGUUCUGUUUUAAUGAUUGGGCAAUGAUAGAAGACAACAAGCAAAGAGAUAUUUACAUCAGAUCAAGGGGACAUUUUACAUUACCAGAAUGUGAAUCACUGCCAAAAGUAGUUAAAGGAAAAAUGACAUGUUCUCAUAUAAAUUUAACUGAUAUGAAUGAAACUCUUGUUACAUAUGACUGUAUUAAAGGCAAUGGUAGAUUUUAUAUGGGUAAAGUAAAUAAAACAAAAUUUGGCUUGGAUUGUCAGUCAUGGAAUGCACAAGUACCGCACAGUCAUGACAGGCCACCAGAUGUCUUCCCUCAAAUUCGUUAUGGAGAAAAUUAUUGUAGAAAUGCAGGUGGAGAUGAACCAACACCAUGGUGUUUCACCAUGGAUCCUGUAAAACGAUGGGAACAUUGUGAUAUUCCUAUAUGCGAUAAUGUAACAAGUAAAGUACUUGAAGUAGAUUCAAAGGAUUUAGCAAUGAAUACAUUAUUUACUCCAAUGUUUAUAUUAAUAGUAUCUUCAUUAGGAUUUGUAAUAAUAACUGGAACUUUAUUAUCGAUUAUUUUGAGUCACAGACUUCAUAAGAGACAUCAAGGAUACAACCCAACAGAAAAUCAGUAUGUCAGUAUCGAUUUAGACAAAUUGCCAAGUAAUGAUGCAUACCACAAGACGAGUGCACAACUAAAUCCUAAAUUAGAAAAGCUCGAAUUCCCGCGAAAUAACAUUAUUUACGUUCGAGAUUUAGGACAAGGUGCUUUUGGCAGAGUAUUUCAAGCAAAAGCGCCUGGUCUUAUUCCGGGUGAAGAAUUCACAAAUGUUGCGGUAAAAAUGUUAAAGGAGGAAGCAUCAGAAGAUUUGCUCAAGGACUUUGAACGAGAAGCAUGCCUUCUCGCCGAAUUCGAUCAUCCAAACAUUGUCAAAUUAUUAGGUGUAUGCGCUUUGGGGCGACCGAUGUGUCUCCUUUUCGAGUAUAUGGGUCGCGGUGAUUUAAACGAGUUUCUACGAUCUUGUUCUCCGGGAAACUAUAUCAUUCGAAGUCUGGAAAGAGACGAACACUUUACGGACUCUCGUUUGUCACACAUGGACUUGAUCAAUAUCGCGCUACAAGUUGCAUCAGGAAUGGUAUACUUGUCAGAUCGAAAAUUCGUUCAUCGAGAUCUUGCGACAAGAAAUUGUCUGAUCAAUGACCAAAUGAUCGUGAAAAUAGCAGACUUUGGAUUGUCACAAAAAAUUUAUCUGCAAGAUUAUUACAAGGGCGACGAACAAGAUGCUAUUCCAGUUAGAUGGAUGCCUCUAGAAAGCAUAUUAUACAAUAAAUACACCGUCGAGUCCGAUGUAUGGGCUUUCGCGGUAUGCUUGUGGGAGAUAUUUAGUUUUGCACUUCAGCCUUAUUACGGAAUGACACACGAAGAAGUUGUACAAUACAUUAAAGAAGGCAAUGUACUACAGUGCCCUGAAAACACUCCACAAGCGAUAUACGACCUAAUGAAACUCUGUUGGAACAGAAGACCAUCAGACAGGCCUACAUUCAGAACGAUUUAUAAUACCCUUGAUGCUAUAAAGCACAAUUUGGAAGCUGAGAAUAAGUCGGACAGUGUACCAUUACGUAUUCACGUUUGAAUCUGAUAAAAAUUUCGAAUGGAGAACUAUAUUAUCCAUACAAUUAUAAAGUAAGUGAUAUUUAUAUAGAAAUAAAGGUAAGUAGUAAGUUAUAUUUAAAUGUUAUACAUAACUGCCUUUGUUAUAUUUGUUAUGUAGCCUUAUUAAAUGAAAUAUUUACGAGAGAUGUUUUAAUAUUGACGCAUAUUGGCAAGUAAUUAUGUUCAAAAGAAUGGGUACAUAAAUGUAUCACACAAAGUGAAUACAUUAUUUCAGUGUUUCUACUUAAUUUACACGGAAUUUUUGUACAUAUAUAUAUUCUUUCUUUUUAUUAAGUACAUUUUUUCUAAAUUAUUUUAAAAUCAUGUUUACAGUUAUUAUAUUAACAAAUUUAAAUACUAUGUAAGGGUAGUUAUCACUAAUGCUCCUUUAGAUUCCAAUAUUUCUAAUUAUUUAUAUUUAUUAAUAUUUAUUUAAAUCUAUAUUGAAACUAAAGAAUUGAAGACUGGUAUAUAUGGACAACACAGAUAUGUGAUUGAGGUGUAUGAUGAUUUUAAAGCAAUCUUUCACAUAUAUGUAGAUUUUGAUAUUGCAUUUAUGUUCUGUCUAUUGUGAUUUUGUGCAUUCCGUCAACGAAUUUUACAAUAUAACAUGUUACUAACUGCCACAAAAAAAACAACAAAGUACAUAUUUAUGGCAGUCCAAACAAUAUAAUGGUAAGAACGAAACAUAACGAUACAAAGAAUUCAGUGGUAGUAUUAUAAUAGAAUGAUUAUUAUAUAAGUAAUAAGAAUCCAAAACUCAAUGUGCAAGGCAAAUAAUUUGUGUGUUGCUAUCAGCUUGUUUAUAACUUGUGAAAAAAUAGAAAGAUGCUUAAAAAAUACAGUAUUGCUGUUGCUCUUUUUCAAAAGAUAUGAUUAAAUUUUUCAUGGAACAUGUUCUCAAUAAUACGUACAUGUUUCUGUGCUUUUAUAUGCCGAAACUUUAGUUAGUUAUGAUUGAAAAUAUGAAGACUGAUAAUGCAUUUUUUAACUGAAGUAAAAUUUAAUGUAAUUUAUGAAUACAAAAAGCUCCUUUCGUCUUUAACUUCAUUUCUCUUUUAUAUCUUUUUGUGCAAGACUAAAGUGCAUAUUAAGUUACACUUGUUGAUCUACUCAAAACUGUAUGCAUAUGUAUUUAUACGUGUAAUUGUAUGUACUAACAAAUGUAUUUGGAAUAUUUCCUUCCUUGAUUAGAACAAAAAUACUCUAAGGGACUUAACAUUACGUUACAAAGAACAAAUAAACUUUCCUAUAUAUAUAAAAGUAAAUAUAUAUAUAUAUAAAGCAAGAAACAUGUUUUGCUAAUGCCUAAGACAGAUAAUACUGAAUUUAUAUAAGUAUGUGAACAAUUUGGCUAUAAAAAAAAAUGAGUUUAUAUUUAGCAACGUUAUAUGUAAACUGUCCUUCAUUGUUAGAUGUUAGAUCGUUGCUGUACCAAAAAUAUAGCCUAUUUAAUGUACGAAAAAUAUCAUUAAAAGCUAUUAUGAAGAAUGUUACACUAAAAGAAAACAUUAAGUGAGUGUAUACUGUGCAACUGUUAUAGAUAAGGUUUGAAAGUAAAUCAUUAUUGUGCUAUAAAUGAUAUUUAAAUGAAUGUUUCAAUUGCAACAUACAAUUUAAAUUACUAUAUGAUAGAUUUUUUAGUAACAAAAUUCUUAUCUCUGAAAUACAGGAUUCAGUUCACAUUUUCCUAAUAUUACUUGUACUCCAAUAUUGUGAUAUAAUUUAAUUUCGUUUCCUAAAUAAUAUCAUGACUGCUGCUACUUUUUACUAUUAUAUUUGCUAUUAUCAGUAUUUUUGUAACAACUUCUAAGUAUUAUAAAGAGCAUAUUCAUUUGGAACUGAUGAAUAUCUGUUCAAUUAUUUUGGGGAGAAAUUAAUGAGUAUACAUUGCACUAGAUGUAUAAGCUUUACGUUUUCGUAUAAUAUUCUUGGUUGAGCAUUAACAAACAUGCAAAAAGUGUGAAUGCAAUAUUUCAAAUGCUCUUCCAUAAAUCUUUAUAUAUACAACUUUUAUAUUGUGCAAAAGAAAAAGAAAACAUUUCUACAAAGUUUGUGCUCUUACAUCUGUGUAUUUGUAUCCCGUGUAAGUAGUGUGUACAUGAUAUCAUACUGCCACAAUGCGUACAAAACGUAUUGUCUAUGACCAAACAAGAAAUUUCUGGUAUUAUAUCAUUCGUUAGGUUCAAAUGUUUUAUUGACAAUGUAGAAUCUAUUCUGAAUUUUAUGUACAACAAACUAAUCUAAUCUUUAAGAACAUAGAGAUUCCUCGAUACUCUAUUUUAAAUGGUAAAUAAAAAGUUUAACUAUGAAAGAAAUAAACGAAAACCAUUUAAUUCAACAGAUGCCGAUUAUUUUAAUUUUUUAACCGACUUCGAAAAAGAAGGACGUUACUCAAUUUCAUUAGGAAAUAGAAAUUAUUUCAUACUUUUUAGUGCAUUUUGUUGUAGAAAUGAAGUAUAAGUUGUAUCGGUUGUAUUUUUUGUUAAAAAUUAUUUUAAAAGAGUUGUCCGCAUGAUACAGCACUAUAUCGGGCAUUCUUUGUUCCUUUCUAAUUGUAUUUAUGUUAUGAAAUCACAGUUAAUUAAAUAAACUUUCAUAAUAUCUUGGAA